AUGUCUGGCGAGAACGAGAGCGGCAGCCCCGCCGGCGAGCGCUCCGAGGCCCCCGCUGGAGGCGCCGAGCACCUCAACAUCAAGGUGACAGACAACAAUAACGAGGUCUUCUUCAAGAUUAAGCGUAGUACCAAGCUUGAAAAGCUCAUGAAUGCUUUCUGCGAACGCCAAGGCAAGAGCAUGACGUCCGUCCGCUUCCUGUUCGAGGGCCAGCGCGUCCAGCCCACCGAUACCCCCGACACUCUGGAGAUGACGGAUGGCGACUCGCUCGAAGUCCACCAAGAGCAAGUCGGUGGCUUCCAAGCCUGA